AUGACAACUUGCUUUACACCAAAUAAUUGUUUUGAAACAGUAGUUUCUCAACAUCGAGGAAUAGUUAGUGGAAUACCAGGAAGAAGAGCAAUUACAUCACAACAUUCAAGAACAAUUAAUGAAGCAAAUAUAGUAGAAUUAAUUAUAGAAAAUACACAAGGAGGAAAAAUUUAUGAUAUUAUUGAAAUAUUAUUAAAAAUAUUUGAAACAACACCAAAUCAAUUAAAUAAAGAAAAUUAUAUUUUUGAAGAAAGUAUUCAAUUAGUUGGAUUAAUUGAAAAAUAUGUAAAUUAUUUUUAUAAUGAAAAUACAUCAAAUAGUGUUGAAAUUAUAAUAAGAUUAAAUUAUUUAAUUAUUUGUAUGUUAGAAGAUCUAAUUCAUUUUAUAGAAAUAAUUAUGGAUUGUUAUACAUAUCAUAAUUGGAAUAAUUGUUAUUCUUUAUCACUAAGUCUUCUUGGAUUAAAGUCAUUAAUUAUACCAUUAAUUCAUAUAGAAAAUGUUUUAGACUCAUUAACUUCUCUUCAAUUUAAUUUUCCACUUCAACAUAGAAAAAAUAAUAAUUUAUCUGUUCCAACUCAUCCAACAACUUCAGUUAUUAAUUCUUCUAUUAAUUUUAUUCCAUCAACUAGUUUAACUCCUCAAAAAGAAUUUUUUAAACCAAAAUUUAAUAGAGUCCAAUCAGAAUGUUUAACUAAAUCAACACAUUCAAAUACAAUUCUUAUUGAAGAUAUUAUUUCUCAAUAUAAAAUUCUUAAUACAAUUUGUAUUGAAAAACCUUCUGAUUGGAAAAAUUCAUUAGAAACUUGUAAAAAAACUUUAGAAGGAAAACUUAUUCUAAAUGGAAUGUCUAAAUAUCAAAAGAGUUAUGAUGAUUAUUCAAUUAAAAUGUCUAAAAUUGCACAUAUUUAUUAUUGUGGUUAUUGUUCUAAUCCAGAAUAUUAUUCAAGGUCUUAUUCUUGGUUACCUUUACUUUAUGGUUUAACUAAAGAAGAUUUUUUUGGUGCAUUAAUUCAUUUAAUAAAAGAAGAUAAUAAACGUUUAUUAAGUGUUGGAUUUCUUUUAGAACAUUGGCGUAAAGUUCCAAGAGCAUUUGAAAGUAAAUUUAUGAAUAUGAUGUAUAAAAUUUUUAUUAAUAUCGAAAAAAUACAUAAACGUAGUAAUUCAACUACUUCUUUAGUUCUUUCAAUGAAAGAAGAAUAUGAAUUACCUAUCUUUAAAAGAUGUAUUUGGAGAUAUCCACCACAAUAUUUUUAUAUAUUAUUAAAUCCUAGAUUUGUUGCACAAAAAUUAACUGAAGCACAUGUUGGUAUUUUUACUAAAUGUCCACCUCGUGCAAUUUUUUAUUCAAAACAAAUGAGAAGAGCUGGAAUUGGAGCAACUGAUUUAAAAAAGAAAGUUGAUAUUUUGGCAUAUUGGGUCUCUCAAUCAUUAUAUGAAAGCGUUCAAAACCCAUUAUUAAAUAAAGAAUUUCAUGAAUAUUUCAUUGAAAUAAUUUCACAAUUGUAUUGGUUACGACAUAAUCUCCUUGCAACUUUGGGACUUUCUAUUGGGUUUUCUUCUUUUAGACUAAAUAAAUUCGAGAAACCAAUACUUCGUAAUGAUAUGACUAAACUUAGAAAUUGGGUUAAUGAAUUGACUGACCCAAAAGAUGGAUCAUAUCCUAAUUUAAUUACUGCAAUGAAAGAAUUAGGAAAUCCAUGUAUUCCUUAUUUUGGUAGUUUCCAAAAUAUUUUUGAAAAAGUAUUAAGUGCUGACAUUCAAGAUGUUGGUGUAUUGUAUUUAAAUAUUGGUAAAGCUACUGAAGAAACACGUAGAAAUAGAAUUAAAUGGAGUGAUCUUAUUUAUGAAGAUUCAACAUAUGUUAAUAGUGCAUUUGAAAUAUCAUUUAAUGAAUGGUGUGAAACUCCAUGGAGUGAUAGUAAAUUAUUUGAUUCUAUGGUAAAGUCAACUAAGUUUAGAGUACUUCAUAAGAAUCAAGAUAUUCCAAGAAGAAAAAAAUGUAUCAUCAAUUUGAAAAAAACAAAGAAUGGAUUUAUGGUUCAACCAACAAGUAUUUGUCGAUAUACAAAAUAUUCUCCUCUUCUUUAG